AUGGUGGUGGUGGUGAUGGUGGUGGUCAUACCCACCAACACUGGAGCCAGUGUUAUCUGUAACAAAUUGCAAUGGUGCCAGAAUGAUGACAUGCACUCAGUGACAUCACCACCCAAUGCUGUGAUGACAUACUUGUCUUUUGACCAGCAACUGGAAGAUGUUUGGGGGAACUUUAGUCUUUUGGUUUCUGCUCAGUCCAAUGAAAGACGGGUGGUGGCCUACAUGCCUGGAGAUAUUAUUAUUGGGGCUCUUUUCUCUGUCCAUCAUCAGCCAACUGUUGACAAAGUCCAUGAGAGAAAAUGUGGAGAGGUAAGAGAACAAUAUGGAAUCCAGAGAGUGGAAGCAAUGCUUCAUACCCUUGACCGUAUUAAUCAGAACCAAACUCUAUUACCAAACAUAACCCUAGGCUGUGAAAUAAGGGACUCGUGUUGGCAUUCGGCGGUUGCUCUUGAGCAGAGCAUCGAAUUCAUACGUGAUUCUCUCAUCUCAGCGGAAGAAGAGGAAGGACUGAUGAAGUGUGUUGAUGGCUCUACAUCUCUGUACCACUCCAAGAAGCCCAUUGUUGGUGUGAUUGGUCCUGGGUCCAGUUCCGUGGCAAUCCAGGUCCAAAAUCUGUUGCAGCUUUUCAACAUACCUCAGAUUGCCUACUCUGCCACAAGCAUGGACUUAAGUGACAAGACUUUAUUCAAGUAUUUCAUGCGAGUGGUACCUUCAGAUGCACAACAGGCCCGCGCUAUGGUGGACAUUGUCAAGAGGUACAACUGGACUUAUGUGUCUGCCGUACAUACUGACG